AUGGCAUUUGGAGCACCAAGAGGUAGAGGCGGAAGCCGUGGAGGCGGUCGUGGAGGAUUUUCCGGAAGAGGAGGUCGCGGUGGUGCCUCAGCAGGAAGAGGAGGUCGUGGUGGAGCCAGAGGAGGUGGAAGAGGCGGAGCCAGAGGAGGAAGAGGUGGUGCUAGAGGAGGACGUGGCGGUGCACGUGGUGGUGCUAAGGGCGGAGCCAAAGUUGUUAUCGAGCCACACAGACACGCUGGUGUAUUUAUUGCUAGAGGAAAAGAAGAUUUGUUAGUCACUAAAAACAUUGCUCCCGGUGAAUCUGUUUAUGGUGAAAAGAGAAUAAGCGUGGAAGAACCAGCAAAAGAGGAAGGGGCAGCUCCAACUAAGAUUGAAUACCGUGUGUGGAAUCCUUUCAGAUCCAAGUUGGCUGCCGGUAUUAUGGGUGGUAUUGAUGAAUUGGGUGUUGCACCAGGAAAGAAAGUCUUGUAUUUGGGUGCAGCCUCAGGAACCUCUGUUUCCCACGUUGCUGAUGUUGUAGGACCAGAAGGAUUGGUUUACGCUGUUGAGUUUUCCCACAGACCCGGAAGAGAGUUGAUUGGUAUGGCCAAGAAGAGACCAAAUGUGAUUCCAAUCAUCGAUGAUGCAAGACAUCCACAAAAGUACAGAAUGUUGGUCGGAAUGGUUGACUGUGUCUUUGCGGAUGUUGCACAACCAGAUCAAGCUCGUAUCAUUGCCUUGAACUCGCACUUGUUUUUGAAAGAUGGUGGUAUUGUUGUUAUAUCUAUCAAGGCCAACUGUAUCGAUUCUACUGUUGAUGCUGAAACCGUUUUUGCUAGAGAAGUGCAGAAGUUGAGGGAGGAGAGGAUCAAACCAUUGGAGCAAUUGACUUUGGAACCAUACGAAAGAGAUCAUUGUGUGGUUGUUGGUCGUUACAUGAGAAGUGGAAUCAAGAAGUAA